AUGGAAGGUAACAAGAUACAGUCAAGUGACUCAACGCCAGCAGUCCUUGCAUUCGAUACGGACGCGUCCCACGACAACAUUGAAACCCCUUCCCUUAACGAGACACCGAUUCACGAAGACAGCAAUAUGAAGGGGGGAGCCAUCCCCGAUCAUAAUGUGGAGGGAAGUAGCGAACAAGAUCCUGAAACCUCUAGCCUAACGCCACAACCAACAAACGGCCAUGCAAACGAGACGGAUGAAUCCCCUGCAGCCCCUCCAAUCCCUCCCAAGGUCGAGGAAAGGUCAGACGAAGGCCUUAUGCAACCCUCGACCCCGUCAAGCAGCAGGUUGUCUCAUGAUGACCGACGUGACUCUCAUGUGCAGUCACCGUCGCCCUCCGUUGCGAGCGGCUCUGCAAGCACGCACAAACGCUCAAUGACGAUGUCGAAAGGAAACAAUGUCUCUGUGGUAUUGAUCACGACGGCUCUAGAAACGAUUGCGGCAUCCAAGGAAGCUCGUCGGUCUACUCCACUGCGCGACAGCACACAACGAGCACUCGAGCUCAUUCGAUCCAACCAAGGCGGUGACCGACCACGCGAAAUCUUUGAACCUCUUAGGCUGGCUUGCGAGACUCGCAACGAGAAGCUUAUGAUUGCAAGUUUAGAUUGUAUUUCGAAACUCGUAUCGUACUCUUUCUUCGAAGACGACGGCACAAGUAUUCGUGCUUUGCCUUCACCCCCACCUUCACCGCAGCCCGCCGGAAGAAAUUCAACCCAUGGCUCUUCUCAAGCAUCCAUACCACUUCCCUCCCUCGUCGACAUAGUUGCCCAUACAAUAACGUCGUGUCAUACAGAAACCACACCCGACGCAGUUUCCUUGCAGAUUGUGAAAGCGCUACUUUCCCUGGUCCUGUCCUCUACUAUCCUGGUUCACCAUUCAUCCCUUCUCAAAUCUGUUCGGACAGUAUACAACAUUUUCCUCCUCAGCACAGAUCCUGUGAACCAAAUGGUGGCGCAAGGGGGUCUCACACAAAUGGUGCAUCAUGUCUUCACUCGCUGCAGAAGAGGCACUGCUGCGAAAUCUUCUCCAGAGACGUCUUCAAGUCAGGGAGACCUAGCGAAUCAACCUUCCCCGUCCCGAGCAUCAUUUUCUCACUCACAACCAGACCUGCCUGAUGACGAGGCUACGAUGAACGGGGAUCAAAAUUCUGAGAAGACAGAAAGCAAGCCAGAUAAACCGUUGACAUUGCAGAGUUUCGAAGCAAGCAACCCUCUGGACUCUCUGCCAGAAAUUAGUCACGAUGUUCACCAACUGACCCUCGACGAUCUUUUCGUGAAGGAUGCGUUCUUGGUUUUCCGGGCGCUAUGCAAGUUGACGAUGAAACCUCUGAACACCGAAAGUGAGCGGGACCUUAAAUCCCAUUCUAUGCGUUCCAAACUUCUGUCUCUGCAACUCGUCUUGACUGUCCUGAACUCGCAUAUGCCCCUAUUCGUGGAUCCAGCCGCGAUUAUAUAUUCCAGUACAACACACGAGGCGACAAGUUUUGUCCAGGCCAUAAACCAGUAUCUCUGUUUGUGUCUUAGUAGAAAUGCCGUCAGCCCUGUUCCUCAAGUAUUCGAAGUGAGCGUUGAAAUUUUCUGGCGUGUUCUUGCUGGAAUGCGAACGAGAUUGAAGAAAGAAAUUGAGGUUCUUCUUCAUGAAAUUUUUAUUCCAAUCCUAGAAAUGAGGACUUCAACACUGAAGCAAAAGGCUGUCAUCCUUGGCAUGAUGUCGAGACUCUGUCAAGAUCCGCAAGCCCUUGUGGAGUUGUAUCUUAAUUAUGACUGUGAUAGUGACGCGGCGGACAAUAUCUAUGAGCACCUCAUGAACAUUAUCUCCAAGUUCGGGACGGCAUCGUCAUCAGCCAGCCACCAGCGAGGACCGGAACCACCAAGCCCUGCCUUAAGUCCAACGCCGAAGAACCAACCGAAUGCGCCAGUUGCUUGGAACGUUACUGGAUUGUCGGUUCCGGGCACCAUGGACACAUCAACGAUGGGCCUCUCCGAGAGUCAAUUGCGUCGACAAGGACUUGAGUGCCUGGUGUCCGUUUUGAGAUCUCUCGUGACCUGGGGAACUUCGGCGAAUUCUGGUAAAGGUGCAGAUGAAGCUGUCGUCCCUCCCCUUUCCGCUCGCUCGCAGAUGGAAGACGCCAAACAGGACCCCACCACGCCAGAGACUAAACUCGAGCGCCUUUCUGUCAGCGGUGGGAGUGUGGAGACCUUCAGGCAGGCGACACCGGAUAUUGUCGACGAUCCCACUCGGUUCGAGAACGCCAAACAGAAAAAGACCACAUUGUUAGAGGGUAUCAAGAAAUUCAACUACAAGCCUAAACGCGGAAUCCAAUUCUUGAUCGAGACAGGGUUCAUUCCAAGCAACGCACCCCUCGACAUUGCCGCUUUCCUUCAAAAUACUGAUGGGCUUAGCAAGGCCAUGAUUGGAGAAUACCUGGGUGAAGGUGAUGAUGAAAAUGUUGCCAUCAUGCACGCGUUCGUGGAUCAACUGGAAUUCCGAGAUUUGCCAUUCGUUGAUGCUCUGAGGCUGUUCCUCCAAUCUUUCCGACUCCCAGGGGAGGCACAGAAGAUUGAUCGUUUUAUGUUGAAAUUCGCCGAACGCUACAUGGCUGGAAAUUCCAAGACGCCCUUCGCCAGUGCUGAGUGCGGCUACGUACUUGCUUAUUCAGUAAUUCUGCUAAACACAGACGCCCACAAUCCACAAGUAAAGAAACGUAUGACCAAGCCCGAUUUCGUGAAGAACAAUCGCGGUAUCAACAACGGAGAAGAUCUCCCAGAGGACUUGCUAUCCACUAUCUAUGAUGAGAUCGUAAGCAAUGAGAUUCGGAUGAAGGACGAGGUCGAAACUGGUAUUGCAAACCUCUCAGCAGGGCCAGGGCUUGCCAGUGCACUAGCCAGUGUUGGAAGAGAUCUGCAGAAAGAGGCUUAUGUUAUGCAGUCGAACGGCAUGGCUAACAAGACAGAAGCUCUUUUCAGGACAAUGAUGCGAACGCAACGGAAGGGUUCCAAAGGUGGAGACCAAUUUUUCAGCGCAUCGCACUUCGUCCAUGUCCGGCCAAUGUUCGAGGUGGCAUGGAUCCCGUUCCUGGCAGGCUUAUCUGGCCCACUUCAAGAAACAGACGAUUUGGAGGUGGUUGAACUCUGCUUGGAGGGCUUCAAGAAUGCCAUCCGCAUAGUCUGCUUUUUUGACCUGGAGCUCCAGCGAAACGCAUUCGUCACCACUUUGGCCAAGUUUACUUUCCUCAAUAAUUUGGGUGAAAUGAAAAUCAAGAACAUGGAAGCUAUUAAAGCCCUUCUGGAUGUUGCUGUAACGGAAGGCAAUAAUCUCAAAGGUUCCUGGCACGAAGUCCUGACCUGUGUCAGCCAACUCGAGCAUAUGCAGCUUAUCAGCGGCGGCGUGGACAUGAACGACGCGGGAAAGAAGGGACGUUCAAGGAAAGUUCCCACCGAAGAAUUGGCCAACGAAAGCCGAUCAACUCACAUUACUGUGGCCGCCGACAUGGUUUUCUCUCUCAGUCAUUUCCUAUCUGGUACAGCGAUUGUGGACUUUGUCCAAGCCCUGUGUGACGUGUCUUGGGAAGAAAUUCAGUCUUCUGGCCUGUCACAGCACCCGCGAUUAUUCAGUCUGCAAAAGCUGGUUGACAUAUCCUAUUACAACAUGACCCGAAUCCGUUUGGAAUGGUCCAACUUGUGGGACAUCCUUGGAGAGCACUUUAACCUGGUUUGCUGCCAUAACAACCUGCAUGUUGCAAGUUUUGCCUUAGAUUCUCUCCGUCAACUCGCAAUGCGUUUCCUAGAGAAAGAGGAAUUACCUCACUUCAAAUUUCAGAAGGACUUCUUGAAACCUUUCGAGUAUACCAUGAUACAUAAUCAGAAUCCAGAGCUCCGGGACCUGGUUUUACAAUGUUUGCAACAAAUGAUUCAAGCUCGCGCACAGAAUAUGCGAUCCGGUUGGCGGACAAUGUUUGGUGUUUUCUCGGCUGCAUCGAGAGUCUUAACAGCAGAACGUAUUGCCAAUUCGGCUUUCGAGAUCGUGACAAGGCUGAACAAAGACCACUUCUCAGCAAUUGUUCAAUAUGGUGCCUUCGCAGACCUUACCGUUUGUAUAACCGAAUUCUGCAAGGUCAGCAAGUAUCAAAAAAUCAGCUUAUUGGCAAUUGCUAUGCUCCGUGGAGUCAUACCUGUCAUGCUCCAAUGCCCUGAAUGCGCCCUGGCGGCAGAAAAUCUCAGUCCAGAACACACUAUGGAUGAUAGCAUGAUCAGAUUUUGGUUCCCGGUUUUAUUUGGAUUUUAUGAUAUAAUCAUGAAUGGUGAAGAUCUGGAAGUUCGGCGACUGGCUCUUGACUCCCUCUUUUCGACCCUCAAAACUUAUGGCGCCACCUAUCCUGUUGAAUUCUGGGACACCGUCUGUCAAGAACUUCUUUUCCCCAUAUUUGCUGUCUUGAAAUCAAGCCAAGAUCUGACCCGUUUCAGCACUCAAGAAGAUAUGAGUGUUUGGCUCUCGACAACGAUGAUACAGGCCCUACGUGAUUUGAUUGAUCUUUAUACGUUCUACUUCGAUAUUUUAGAGCGCUUUCUGGAUGGUCUCCUAGACUUGCUCUGCGUAUGCAUCUGUCAAGAAAACGAUACCCUGGCGCGCAUUGGUACAUCUUGUCUGCAGCAACUCCUUGAAAACAACGUCAACAAGCUGAGCCCCUCUCGAUGGGAGAGGGUAACAACAACCUUCGUCCGAUUAUUCCGGACCACCACACCCUAUCAGCUGUUCGAUGAAAGCCUGCGAGUUGAAAUCGACAGCUCGUCGGAGACGGCAGACACGAGCACAGAAGCCAAUGGCACGGCUAUCCUUCCUGCACCUUUGUCUCCCAACAGCGAACAACCCAAACCCGACGCAAGAACAUCCCUCAAUGAUCGCCGUAGGAUAUUCAAGCAGAUCAUCGUCAAAUGUGUGCUGCAGCUCCUGCUUAUCGAAACCACCAACGAUCUUCUUCGGAACGACGAUAUCUACAAUACAAUACCUCCAUCGCAAUUAUUGCGCAUGAUGAGUGUCCUUGAUCAAAGCUAUCAAUUUGCUCGAUCUUUCAACGAGGAUAAAGAUCUCCGCACGGGGCUCUGGAAAGUAGGGUUCAUGAAGCACCUUCCCAACUUGUUGAAGCAGGAGUCAAGUAGCGCCGCCACUUUGGUCCAUGUAUUGCUACGCAUGUACCACGACAUGCGUCCUGAACAUCAGGCAGCGCGUCCUCAGAUCGCAGAGCGACUCGUCCCACUCGGUGUUGGAGUCCUGCGAGACUUCAACAAGCUGAAAGCUGAUACUCAGAGCAAAAACAUUCUUGCUUGGACUCCCGUCGUUGCUGAAAUCCUAGAAGGCUAUUGUCAGUUUGACCGACAAGACCAGGUUCAGUUCGCACAAUACCUGUCAGUCAUCUAUCCACUAGCCACGGAUCUCCUUUCACGAGAGAUCACGAUGGAAAUUCGGCAACCCCUCAAAACAUACUUCGAGCGGGUUGGUUAUGUCAAACGUAUCGUGGACUUUGAACCUUGA